AUGCCUCCCAACCCGAGAAUUGACAAUAACACUCUUGUUUGGAAUGCUAUAUCCAAGCAAUUUGAUAUCGCAGAUGAGUUCAAGGGAAUCUGGAAUAAGCUUGACCAUGAUCGCUUGAUUGCAGAUAUGGGUGUUGCCAACAAGAAUGCAGCCCACCAUAGAUUUAGGAGAUGGAUAUCCUCGAUGGCUGAGCAAAGCGGCCAGUUGAGCCCGGAUAAUGAGGAUAUGGGGGAAGCUGCGAAAAACGAUGAACCGCCCGCGAGGGGUCGGAAGAGGGGCGUUAAACAGUCAUUGAAGAACGCGAUCAAGGCGGAAGGAAAUGUGCCCGUAUUGAACAAGAAAGUUGCAGGAAAGAAAGUGGCUACUGAAACGGUAAUAGCGAAAGUCGCCUUAGACACCGACGAGGAUGACCUGGAAGAAAGUUAUUGA